CCGACGCGCCACAACAUCUGAAAUCACUGCUUAUUUUAUUUAUGUAUUUUUGUUUUUGCUUGUUUUCUAGCCUUUUUGUUCGUUUUUCUGACGACUUGUUGUGGUAACCUGGAACAGUAGGUUUGGUUCCUAAAGCUCGCGGCGGUGCUUCAGCCUCAGCUCUGCUUUAUUUCGCUGUUUUCGUUCCAGCGGAUCCUCGUGAUGGUUUUGUUGAAAAACCUGCGUCCUCCUACCGAGGGAGUGCGGCACGAACAAGCCGAGACCGCGGCGGUGAUGGACGGCCAGAAGCUGGGCUGUGGGACGCUGUACGUGGCCGAAACGCGACUGUCAUGGUUUGAUGGCUCCGGAAUGGGUUUCUUUCUGGAAUAUCCCUCGAUUGGACUGCACGCCAUCUCCAGAGACACCAGCACAUACCCGCAAGAACACUUGUAUGUCAUGGUCAAUGGCAAACUGAGUGGUGAAAAUGAGGCAGAAAUGGCAGAAAAAGCCCCUGAGGAGGACGACGACGGCAACAGCAGUGGUGCUGAUGAAGAUGAUAAUGAUGAAGGCGCAAUCACAGAAAUUCGAUUUGUGCCCGGUGACAAGGCAGCAUUGGAGUCCAUGUUCUCUGCCAUGUGUGAGUGCCAGGCGCUGCACCCCGACCCAGAAGAUGAAGACUCGGAUGAGUUUGAAGGUGAAGAGUACGAUGUGGAGGAAGCUGAGCUAAGUCAUGGUGACAUCCCCACGUUCUACACCUGUGAGGAGGGUUUGUCGUCGCUCACUCAGGAGGGCCAGGCCACACUGGAGAGGCUGGAGGGAAUGCUGGCCCAGUCCGUCAACCAGCAGUACCACAUGGCCGGAGUUCGGACUGAAGAAACCAGCGCUGACUUUGAAGAUGGUAUGGAGGUGGACGCGGCAGGGACAGAGGUUGGUCAGUUUGAGGAUGCAGACGUUGAACACUGAUGGGCGUCGGCAGCAGUGUUGCAUCCUGGGAUGGAUGAAGAGGACACGUGAACGUCUUUAUAACCUCUCACGCUCGUGUUCUAAAGACAUGCAGCAGGAAAUGUCUGUUUCCUACUGUAAAAAAAAACAAAAAAAAAAACAAAAACUGAUUGUUUCCACCUAAAGAUCAGCUUCUUCUUUUUUUUUUUCCUGCUUUGGGACAGAAAUGGUGUUUGUAUGAAACUGAAUAAAUGCAUAGUUUUUGUAUAGAAAA